UUCACGGCUUUGUUUGAAAUCCCGGAUUAUUUUAAUGUGUUUGUUCAAAAUCGAGGCUCUUCAUCCCAGAUUUUUUCAAAAUCCAGGUUUAUUUUCACGGUUUCAUUCGAGUUCUGGGCUUAUCUUCACAGUUUUGCUUGAAAUCUGGUCUUAUUUUCAUGGUUUUGUUCAAAUUCUGAGCUUAUCUUUGUGGUUUUGUUUGAAAUCCGGGUUUAUUUUAUGGGUUUGCUCAAGUUCUCAGCUUAUCUUCACGGUUUUGUUUGAAAUCCAGGCUUAUUUUCAUGGUUUUGAUCAAAUUCUGCGCUUUCCAUCCCAAUUUUGUUCGAAAUCCGGGUUUAUUUUAAUGGUUUUGUUCAAGUUCUGGGCUUAUCUUCAUGGUUUUGUUCAAAAUCUGGGUUUAUUGUCAUGGUUUUGUUCCAAAUCCAGGCUUUUCAUCCCAGAUUUUUUCAAAAUCUGGGUUUAUUUUCACAGGUUUGUUGAAGUUCCAGGCUUGUCUUCAUGGUUUUGUUUGAAAUCCGGGUUUAUUUUAAUGGUUUUGAUCAAAUUCUGGACUUUCCAUCCCAAUUUCGUUCAAGAUCCAGGUUUAUUUUCAUGGGUUUGUUCAAGUUCUGAGCUUAUCUUUGUGGUUUUGUUUGAAAUCCAGGUUUAUUUUCAUGGUUUUGAUCAAAUUCUGGGCUUUCCAUCCCAAUUUUGUUCAAAAUCCAGGUUUAUUUUACAGUUUUCUUCAUAUUUUGGGCAUAUCUUCCUGGUUUUGUUCAAAAUCCGCGCUUCUUUUCCCAGUUUUGUUCAAAUUCUGGGCUUAUCUUCCCCGUUUUGUUCAAAAUCCAGGUUUUUCUUCCCGAUUUUGUCCAAAAUCCGGGCUUCUCCUCGUUUCCCCCUUUCUUCCCCGCUCACCACAUUAAUGGGGGGAAAAUUAUUUAAAAAAAUGAAUUCCUGCACUCGCUGCACUUAAA